CCCAUCAGCUCUUGCAAUGGCUGCGUUUUUCUCCAAACCAUGGAUCCACGAUGUGUUCUUGAGCUUUAGUACCGACACUGGCAACAACUUCACCGCCCACCUCCUUUAUGCGCUAAAAAAGGCCGGUAUCAAUUCCUUGGGGAAUGACGGCGAGAACUAUGGAAGUGAUGACUUGGCCCUUGCAAUUCAAAAUUCAAGAAUUUCAAUCAUUGUUUUCUCCAAAAACUAUGCUGCGUCAAGGUGGUGUCUUGAACAGUUAGUGAAGAUCAUGGAAUGUCGAAAGACGAUUAGGCGGUUGGUUCUGCCGAUAUUCUACGAUGUGGAUCCUUCCGAUGUUCGGAAACAAAAUGGGGUUUAUGCAGAAGCUUUUACAAAGUACGAACAGCUUUUCGUGCCGGAGAAGAUGAUGGAGUGGAGGGCGGCAUUGACUGAUGCAGCCAAUUUAUCUGGGUGGGAUCUAAGGAAUACUGCAGAUGGCCACGAAGCAAAAUUUAUCAAGAUAAUCGUUGGAGAGAUUAUGAGAGAAGUUAAUUGCACUUACUUACAUGUGGCCACCUACCCAGUUGGAAUAGAUUCACGAGUGCAGGAUAUAAAUCUAUUGUUGAAUGUUGGAUCAGAUGAUGUUCGCAUGGUGGGAAUCUGCGGAAUGGGUGGAAUUGGUAAAACAACCAUUGCCAAGGCUGUUUACAAUCAAUUGUUUCAUAAUUUUGAGGGGAAAAGUUUCCUUGCAAAUGUUAGGGAAACAGCUAAGCAGCCAAAUUGGCAAAUACGUCUGCAGAAAAACCUACUUUCUGAUAUCCUGAAAGAUGGCAAGAUGAAAAUCCACAGUGUUGAUAUGGUGAAGGAAAUACUCUCUCAAAGAAGGGUCCUUGUAAUUCUUGAUGAUGUAGACCGAUUGGACCAACUGAAUGCAGUAGCUAGAAAUCGUGAUUGGUUUGGUCCGGGGAGUAGGGUCAUCAUCACAAGUAGAGAUGAACAAUUGUUAAAGAAUAUGAAAAUGGAUAAAGUAUACAUGGCAAAAGAAUUGGAUGACGAUGAAUCUAUUGAGCUCUUUAGCUGGCAUGCCUUUAGGAAAAGUGCCCCUGUCCGAGAUUAUGUUGAAUUAUCGAGAGGUGUAGUCAAUCAUUCAGGAGGACUGCCGCUAGCUCUUGAAGUUCUUGGGUCAUUUUUGUUUGGUAGUACAGUAGUCAAAUGGAGAAGCGCUUUAGAAAGGUUGAGAAGAAUUCCUCACAGCCAAAUUCAGGAUAAACUUAGAGUAAGUUAUGAUGGCCUGAGCAGUGACAAAGAGAAGGAUAUGUUCCUUGAUAUAGCUUGUUUCUUUAUCGGAAUGAACAAAUACUAUGUUGUUCAAAUUUUAGAUGGCUGUGGCUUCUUUGCAGAAAGUGGAAUAAGCCUUCUUAUGCAGCGGUGCCUUGUGACAGUUAAUGAGGAUAACAAGUUAGUGAUGCAUGAUUUGCUUCGAGAUAUGGGGAGAGAUAUUGUUCGUGAAUCAUCACCGAAGGACCCUGGAAGACGUACCCGAUUGUGGCUUCAUGAAGAAGUUUUUGGCGUCUUGGUUAAACACAGCUUAGAUACAAAAGCAUUUUCCAUGAUGCAGAGACUAAGACUGCUUCGACUGACUGAUGUACAAUUCAGUGGAGGCUGUGAGAAUUUUUCCAACGAGUUGAGAUGGCUCUGUUGGCGUGGGUUUCCGUGGAAGUUCAUUCCAAACAACUUUUAUCUGGAAAACCUUGUUGCAAUGGACAUGCGCUACAGCAAUUUAAGGCGAGUUUGGAAUGAUUGCAAGUUUCUCGGGAAGUUGAAGUUCCUCAAUAUGAGUCACUCACAGUUCCUCACGCAUACACCUGACUUCUCAAAACUCCCCAAUCUCGAGAUGUUAAUACUAAAAGACUGCAAAAGUUUGGUCAAGAUUCACCAAGCCAUUGGACAACUUGAUAAACUUGUGCUAGUAAACUUGAAGGAUUGCAAGCAACUUAAGAAUCUUCCGGGAAGCUUCUCUAAGCUGAAGUCCCUGCAAACUCUCAUUCUUUCUGGCUGCUCAAGGUUUAACAAAUUGCCUGAAGACUUGGGGGACUUAGAAUCAUUGAUAUCCCUUAUUGCAGAUGACACUGCUAUAGCACAAGUACCACUUUCCAUAGUAAGAUUGAAGAACCUCCAAAAAUUAUCUCUUCGUGGCUGUAAGGAAUCUCCAAUUAAUUCAUUGUUUUCUCUCUUGUGGUCUUGUGCUUCAUCAAGAAAAAAUCCUACCCCCACCAACCUCUUGCCUGCUUCAUUGCAUGGCCUAAGCUCGCUAAGAGAAUUGUCACUCGUAGACUGUAAUCUAUCGAAUGACGCACUCCCAAAAGAUAUCGGGACUCUUCCCUUCCUUGAGCAUUUGAAUUUGGGAAGCAAUUGUUUUCAGUAUCUACCGGACAGCCUUAGUGGCCUUGCUAAUCUUAAAACCUUGGUUCUAUACAAUUGCGAUAGGCUUGAGUCAAUUCCUGAUGUACCAGCAGGUUUGACAACUUUGUAUGCAACACAGUGCACGUCAUUGGAAAGAACACAAUACCUGUCGAAAUGCUCAAGUUUGUCCUUGCUGAAUCUUUCUUACUGCGACAACCUCGUCGAGCCUCCAUUCCAGGAUCAGUUGAAGUGUCUUUCAUUCGUUUACAUGGAAGAGUGCAAUACUUUUAAGGAGAGCGUCCGACAGGUCCUGUCUCUCCACAUAUUUAUACGUUUGUAUCUACUUUUUGAACAUGUUUCAUGCUUGUACCUUUUUUUUUGUUUUGUUACCAAGAUUCCCAAAUUCGUUGAUAAAUCGAAAGGUUUCACUGUUUGCGCUGUUUAUUCAUCUAAUCUAGACAAUAUGGUGUCUCCUGGUGGGUAUCUGACACUUUUUAAUCAUACCAAAUGUGUCCGAAAAGGGGAGAAUAUUGCAUUUGCUGGUCAUAGCGUCUCUGUAGAUCACCUGUGGCAACGCCGUUGUUCAAGUCAGUGGUUGGAUUUGGAUUUGGAUUGUGAGGAUGAAGUGGAGGUUUUCCUACAUGUGAGUGACAAAUUUACCAUAAAGAAGAUUGGUGUCGGCUUAGCAUAUGAGAAGGACGUGAUUAUUACUGACAAUGAAGAUGAAGUAAACGACGAUGCAGGUGCAGGUGCAGGUGUUACGGACAAGAGAAGGCGCGAUGGGGAUGGGGAUGGGGAUGGGGAUGAAGCUGGACCUAGCCAUGGCUGGUCUAAAAGGUUAAAGUAUGAAGCUAAUGUUGGAAAUGAGCAGCAUUGA